AUGGCGAUUUUAUACACAACGCAUAAAGUCAAGAUUAUUUUUGGUUUCAUUGCGACAUUGUAUGUCGUUUCAUGCAGGGAGCAUCGUUUAAACCAUUCAAAUAAUCGAGAUAAUGGACGCCUCAGAAGAUAUAAGGAUACCAAAAAUAAGCGUGGUGCAGGCGACUAUCCAUUCGGUCUAUCUUUUGGAGGUCCAUCAUUUUCAGCAUUUCAAUCAUUAUCCCCAGUGUCUACAGGUUCUCCAUUUGGCUUUGGAGGAUUCGGUGGGUUUGCGGGAAGUAGUUCACUAGGCAUAAACCCUAGUUCGUAUGGAAUUUCAACGUCUUCUCCGUCAUUUUCAUCCUUGAGAUCUUCAGGAUUAGGAAAUUUAGGUUCCUACAGCAGUUUAGCUCAACCUUUCAAUAUAGGCCAAGGUAGCGCAUAUAUGCUGUCAGGAUCCGGUUUAAAUCUAGCUAACUUAUUAGGAGGUCAAGGAAGCUCUGUAGCUAACUUGCUGGGAAACCAAGGAAGCUCUGGAACAUCAUUUUCUUCACCUAACAUUGGACUUUUCUCAUCGUCAGAUAUACAAAAAACUGGACCAGUGACAUUUACAGCUCAAAGCAACAGUAAUAGUCAAGCGCCACAAUAUACUCCAGUAUAUACAACUGCAACACAAUUAGGAUCCAACAGUUACUCUUCACCUACAGUUUUAAGCUCAUCGCAAGGACAUAAUAUUCAAGCCUACAGUCAACCAUCUACCGUAGCAGUCAAUCCAUUACUCGGCAAUAACGGAGUGAUGUAUAGUUCUCCAUCUUCACCUUCAUCAUCUUCUUCUGCUGCAGACUUGGCAUCUCAUGCUGUUUCUAGUAAUUAUGUCGUAGCUACUCCUCAAUCAACCCAGAGUUAUAGCGUUCCUUUAUCUGCUAUAGCAUCUUCAUCUUCGCCGACAUAUUCAAUUACCAUCCCGGCUUCCUAUGGUACGUCAUCAACAAAUUCUGCUAGUCCAUCGUCAUCUUCUAUAUAUCAGUUGUCACUAUCUCCUUCAACUUACUCGACAUCUCCGUUAAGUUCUGCAUCUAAUGAAUUCACAAAGUAUAUACCAAUAUCUUCUGAUGGAAGUACGUACUUGAAUAAAGGUCCUACGAAUACCUAUAGAUUAUCUACUUAUUCAAGUCCAAGUAUGGUAUAUCAAUCUUCAUCGAAAGCAACUGGACCACAAACAGCUUCUACUGGAAUAAACUAUGGUCCAUCUAGUGGAUCAACCCAGUCGGUAACAAGUUAUGGAACACCUGUCAUGAUGUUAACCAUUCCAUCUACUAGUUACGGUACCCCAAGUCAACAUACGUCAAACUCAAAUUCACAAUAUACUUCUUCAAGCUCCAGAAAUACGAACCCAAGUUUAGGUUACGCAGCAGCUGUAAGUUACUCAAAUCCUAGCGUUAUAAGCUCAAGUUCCUCUCAUUCAACUGAUGCUUUGCCAAAAGAUCCAACUAAUAGCUAUGGAUCAUCUUCUUAUACAUCGUCAAAUUCAAAUUAUGGAUCAUCUGCUACAUCUUACACAUCAUCAAAUUCAAAUUAUGGAUCUGCUAGUAAUCCUGUAGAAUCUAACUCUAUCUCUGGGUAUAAAAUACAAUCACCUAGCUCAACGUCAAGCUUAUCGAAUUCAAUAGAAAAUUAUUCAUCAGGCAGUCAAUCAAAUACUCAUGAUAGUGGAACGGAUUCAAGUAACUCAUACUCAAAUCACGCACCACGUUAUAUUAGAUACCCUAUCGAUCGGCCAUCUCCGUACAUAGAUAAUGAAGAAGAAGAAUCUGUGGGCAGUUCUUAUGACACAAUUUCAUAUUCUGUACCUAGCAAAUAG